AUGUUAAGAUCAUUCAACAAGUUGGCAAUCUCGAAGUCGAUUGCCAAGCAGGCAACGAGAAGUUUCGCCAAGUCCUCGAUCGCCAAGCAAGAUGUCGAGCUCAAGAUUGACGGAAUCCCCGUGUCCAUCGAAAAGGGCUCGUCGAUCAUCCAGGCUGCCGAGAAGGCGGGUGUUUACAUCCCAAGAUACUGUUACCACGACAGAUUGAACGUCGCCGGUAACUGCAGAAUGUGUCUUGUGGAGAUCGAGAAGUCGCCAAAGAUGGCUGCCGCAUGCUCGAUGCCUGCGGGUAACGGCAUGUCUGUCCUCACCCAGUCCGAUAAGGUCAAGAAGGUGAGAGAGGGUAUAACGGAAUUCUUGCUCUCCAACCACCCGUUGGACUGUCCUAUUUGUGACCAGGGUGGUGAGUGUGACUUGCAAGAACAGACCCUGAAGUACGGUGCUGACCGUGGUAGAUUCCACGAGGUGUCUGGUAAGAGAGCUGUCGAAAACAAGGCCGUCGGGCCUUUGGUGAAAACCUCCAUGAACAGAUGUAUCCACUGUACCAGAUGUGUCAGAUUUUUGAACGACGUUGCCGGUGCCCCAGAGUUCGGUACCGCCGGUAGAGGUAACGAUCUGCAGAUCGGCACCUAUGUCGAGAGAAACAUCAACUCUGAGUUGUCCGGUAACAUCAUCGACCUCUGCCCGGUCGGUGCCUUGACCUCCAAGCCAUAUGCCUUCAAGGCCAGACCAUGGGAGUUGAAGAGAACUGAGUCCAUCGACGUCAUGGAUGCAUUGGGCUCCGCUAUCAGAGUUGACGCUAGAGGCAUGGAAGUCAUGAGAAUCUUGCCUAGACUGAACGAAGAAGUCAACCAGGAGUGGAUAAGUGAUAGAUCCAGAUACGCAUGUGACGCUUUGAAGGUCCAGAGAUUGACCAAGCCUUUGAUCAAACAGGGUAACAAGUUCAUCGACGCCACCUGGGAUGGCGCCCUCUCCUUGGUUGCCGACUCGAUCAAGAAAAUCAACCCUGCCAAGAACGAAGUUCAAGCAAUCGCAGGUCCUUUGGUAGAUGUCGAAGGUAUGGUUGCUCUUAAGGACUUGGUCAACAGAUUGGACUCUGAAAACUUGACCAUCGAUGCACCUGUCACCGACUUGCCAUCAUUUGACAUCAGAUCCAACUACCUCUUCAACGCCACAAUCGAAGGUAUCGAUGAAGCCGACCAAAUCUUGAUUGUUGGCUCCAACCCAAGACAUGAGGCUGCUGUCUUGAACGCAAGAAUCAGAGAAAGAUGGUUAGAAUCCGAUGACGUUGAAAUCCAUCACGUUGGUGAAAAAUUCGAAUCGACCUUCAACUUGAACCAAUUAGGUGAAACCACAACAGACCUACAAACCGCACUCAAAGGUAAACUGGGAGAAAAACUUGCAUCCGCCAAGCACCCAUUGAUAAUUGUCGGUUCUGGUGUUUGGGAAAACGCCGAUUCCGCAGCCGUGGAAUCUGUCUUAAAGGAUUUCGUCAGGGGUAAGGAAAACCUUAUCAACCCAGAAUGGAACGGUUUGAGUUUCCUACAUCGCCAAGCUUCCAGAGCCGGCGCGCUUGAUAUCGGUUUCUACAAUGCAGACCCUGCAGUGAAGGCUGUCGUUCCAAAGGUUAUUGUGUUGUUCGGUUCCGAUGAAAUAGAUCCAAAAUCCAUUCCAAAUGACGCCUUUGUCGUUUACGUCGGUCACCACGGUGACCUUGGUGCUUCUCUUGCAGAUGUCAUCCUUCCAGGUACCGCAUACACCGAAAAAUCUGCCACAUACGUCAACACCGAAGGUAGAUCACAAAUGACCACUGCUGCAACAGGUCCUGUUGGUUCAGCUAGAGAAGACUGGACUAUUUUCAAAGCACUCAGUGAGUACUUGGGCGUCGGUUUACCAUACGAAGAUGACAGAGCCCUACGUUCAAGAAUUGAAACCAUUGCUCCACAUCUUCUAAGAAUUGAAUCUGUUGAACCUGUUUCCCCAGCAGUUGCAAAGCUUGGUCUCGAAUUUAUUCCAAGUGCAAAGCCAACUGGUUCCAAGUUGGAAAACCCAAUCAAAAACUUCUAUUUCACUGACGUCAUCUCCAGAAACUCAAAGACUAUGGCACAAUGUGUUGGUUCUUUCGGUCCAACUGUUGAUAAAGUCAACGAUGAAAAUGCACAUCAAUACUUAGGUAUGGCUUAA